UUAUUUAAAUUCCAUCUGCGAAGUGUAAAAAUCACUGUGUUUCGCCAUUGAUUCUUCUCUCUCUUUCCUCUUCAUUCCCUGUCACUCGAAUCAAUGGGUGAAAAAUCAAAGACCACCCUUCUCUUUUCCUCCUCCGUUAUUCUCCUCUUCUUUUCUCUUUCUGCUGCUGUUUCCUCCCCUUUCCAGCUCCAUUCCCUACUUCUCCGCCCUCUCCCGUCGGCGCCAGUUCUAUCAUGGCAAGAUUCCGACCUUCCUUUCAACUCUCUCGUUGAAACUUCCGAUUUGGACACAGUUAAUUCCAACACUUCGCUGGGGUUGCAGUUGGAGUUGCACCAUUUAGACGCUUUGUCAUCGGAAGAAACACCGGAGAGACUCUUCGACCUCCGCCUCCAACGCGACGCGCUCCGUGCAGAAACAAUCAACUCCCUCGUUUCAAAAGCCGUUGCUCGUAAGCAUCCACGCGCCCCCGGAAGGCGUCCUGGGUUUAGUAGCUCUGUUAUUUCAGGACUCGCUCAAGGUAGUGGAGAGUAUUUCACGCGCCUCGGCGUCGGUACUCCGCCGAGGUAUCUUUACAUGGUGCUUGACACCGGUAGUGACGUCAUUUGGGUCCAAUGUUCGCCUUGUAAGAAAUGUUACUCUCAAUCCGACCCGAUAUUUGACCCGACUAAAUCACGGUCAUUUUCCGGUAUUCCCUGUGGAUCCCAACUUUGCCGUAGUUUAGAUUCUUCGGGUUGUAACCACCGUCGAAUGUGUCUUUACCAAGUAUCCUACGGCGACGGUUCGGUUACGUACGGUGAUUUCUCGACCGAAACGUUGACGUUUAGAAUGAACCGAAUUGGACGCGUGGCGCUCGGCUGUGGUCACAACAACCAAGGCUUGUUCGUCGGUGCCGCCGGUUUAUUAGGUCUCGGUCGUGGAAGAUUAUCGUUUCCUACCCAAACCGGACGCCGACUCAACCGGAAGUUCUCUUACUGUUUAGCCGACCGGUCCGCUUCUUCUAAACCGUCGUCCCUGCUUUUCGGCGACACGGCGAUUCCUCGAACCGCCGUGUUUACUCCAUUGUUAACGAACCCAAAGCUCGACACUUUUUACUACGUCCAACUGUUGGGUAUCAGUGUUGGUGGGACACGUGUCCCCAAAAUCAGACCGUCGUUGUUCAAAAUGGACCGGGACGGUAACGGUGGUGUCAUCAUCGAUUCGGGAACUUCCGUCACCCGUCUGACCCGACCCGCUUACAUCGCAUUAAGGAAUGCUUUCCGUCUCGGGUCAUCGAACCUGAAACGGGCGCCCGCUUUCUCACUAUUCGACACAUGUUACGACUUUUCCGGUAAGACUUCAGUUAAAGUACCGACAGUGGUGUUACAUUUCAGAGGAGCUGACGUGUCAUUACCGGCGACGAACUAUUUGAUUCCGGUCGAUAGCAGUGGGACAUUUUGCUUUGCUUUCGCCGGUACCAUGAGUGGUUUGUCCAUAAUUGGAAAUAUCCAGCAACAAGGUUUUCUGGUUGCUUAUGAUUUAGCGGGCUCUCGGAUCGGGUUUAAGCCCAAUGGAUGCGCUUAAAAAAUGGCGGUUGUUUUUUUUUUUACCCCUAUGGUAAUUGGUAAGUGAAAAAGCUCUUUCCCCGCCUGUUUUUUUUAUUUUUUAUGCUGGGUUUUUUAGAGGGUAAAAAAGGAAGAACAAAAAUAUCUUUGUUGAAUUUGAGUGUAAGAAAAAAAUGUAGGGGAAUCAUUGUCGUUUGGCUGUUUUCCACGUGUUGAUGUUUGGAUUUUAAAUAUAUUAGGGUAAACUAUAGUAUUAGUCACUCAAAUAUAUCUAAGUUUUUUAUUUUCAUCACUAAGUUAUAAAAAGUUACAAUUUAGUCA